UCCAAACUCGGCAGUAUGAAUACUCGAGUGACAAAUGUGAACAACAGGGACAUUUCAUCAUUCCGUUAUUUUUUUUCUACAGAUGUAUUCCUCUUGCAAUUCACUGGUGCUUCUUCCAUCGGUGAUGUCUUUGAAAACACUCCACGGAGAGAACGAUGGUGGGAAUUAUUUGUUUCCAUCUGUGGUAUCAUCGUUCCUUCCUUCGUAUUGUUUUGUGAAUUCACCACUGUCUAUCUAGCGGCUAAAAAGGAUCUGAAUUUCAUGAUUGAAGCGUUGACAGCAACAUUCUCAGGUCUUUUGAGCAUUAUGAAAGGAAUACGGCUCUGGACACAUCGGGUUGAUCUUUUUAACCUUUUGCAAAAUCUAUCUAAACUGUGGGAAUCGGCGAAACUUAAUCAGCUAAUCACUUCGGAAAUGAUCAAAACUGCCGAACGAACGAAACGCAUUCGAUCCUAUUAUUGCGGCGUUGUCAUUGUGCUUGCUCUCUCUUAUUGCCUUCGUCCAUACACAUUACUUCUCAAUCAUUCUCUUUACGCCAUGAAUGAAAGUUACGAUUUCUCGGUAACGAUAUAUCCUGCAACGUAUCCUUUCUCCACUGGAGAAUACAUCAGCUAUUUGAUCUGUCUCGCCUACGAGAUCAUCGUCAUGGUAUGUGUCAUAACUUACUGGAUCACCUGUGACGGUCUUUUUGCUCAGAUCACAAUACAUUUAUCACUGCAAUUCGAAAUAUUAGCUGAGGAAUUGAAGCAGAUAAAUACAAUUCACAAAGAUCAUUCAAAAGUAUACGUUGAAAAUCAGCAGUUAGCUACUAUUGCUCAGCGACACAAUGAGAUGUUCUUACAUUGCGCCACAGCAGAAGACUUUUUCAACCCCAUAAUUUUUCUUACGGUGUUAAUCAAUGGGGCUCACUGUUGCUUCUGCAUGUUCAGCUUGGAAAAGGAAUUAUCGAAUGGAGAUUUAAACGAAAUAAUGAAGAAUCUCUUCCAUAUAAUGGCUCUUUCAGGUCAAACAAUCGUUUACUGUGGUUAUGCAGAUCGUUUAACUCAUCAGACCUCCAAAAUAAGUGACGCAAUUUAUAAUUCUGCUUGGAUUGAUCAGAGUAAAAAAUUCAGACUCAUGUUGUUAACAAUGCUUAUGCGUGCUCAGAAAGAAUAUAUAUACACGUCUUACGGUAUCAUUACCCUUAACCUGCAGCGAGUAACAAGGAUCGCCAAUGCGGCUAUGGGAUAUUUUGCUCUCUUACGUAGCAUGCCAUGAAUGAUGGAAUAAUUUAUUUAAAUCAUUUUGCCCUUUACCACAGAAGGGUGAUCGAACCAGAGAUACAAAAUGGCUCGAACAGCAGCAUUGUUUGUAUGAAAAAUGUCACCAACAUUAUUGUUUGAUGUUGAAGAGUAAAAUUUCAAUUGAUCUUCAUCUUUUCCAUUAUCUACUUCUCAAGUUCUUUUAGCCACAACAGUCAUCAAAUGUGUUUGUAAAAAUUUAUAGUAAAAUAAUCUACAAGAUUCUCUCGGUGCUGACGACAAUGCAAAGCCAAUUAUUUGAAAAGAGGAAUUGCGCGGGAACCGCAGCCUGCGCGCAGCGGCAGUUGAUUCGAAUGGUAGUCCACAGCGAUUGAAUCAGGACUUGAGUAGAAUAGGUCCCAAUUUUCGUUUCAGUCCCUCGGGUAUGGUAUCAUACUCAAAUCUUAAAAAACAAUUUUUUGGUGGAAUCGUGCGUGCUUUGGGGUGAAAUUCUAAACGGACAAGAAAAUGGGUAAAAAGUACCACGAAAAUUAUAGUUGGGAUUAUGGGGUAGGAAAACCGCCCUUAUCAAAGCAUUUGUCUUUUUCAAUCAAAAUUUACUACCACUUGAAUGAACACUGAUUAGUGUACACAGAAAAAUUACAUUUUUACGUUACGUAAAAAAUACCACUUGUGUGAUUCUCCAGGAUGGUCUUUUAAACACGCGGUGAAACAUGCGCAGGAAAUUAUUACCCACCUUUUGAUGUAGAUCAUUCUGCGACUUUGAAUCCUUAUUGCGUGGCAGUCAAAGUAAAAUUGCUAUAAUAAAUAUAUUUAACGUGAUUCGGUACAAGACGUAACUGAUGUUACAUGCGAUUGCUUAUAACAUAUAUUGUGUUAUAUUUUUUAUAGCAAAAAAAAUUACUACAAAAUCAUAAUAUGGUUCCGAGGUGAGCUAAUGUUCAAAGUUUUGGGUUCCCAUUUUAUUGCCUGUUAAAACCGCUGUCAAAUUCUAAGAUUUCCGCAAAAAUUACGGUA